UCUUCCAUAUAAACCUCUCUUUUUUCUCAACUUCAUUCACCAAACUAUCUCUCUCUCUUUCUCUUUCUCCAUUUAAAAAGUAUCUAUCAAACUUUUGAUGAAGGAUAAUUAACAAAGUCCAAGAAAGAUCCACUUAAUCUUCUGAGUCAUUUCUACUGUACAGGAUCCAACUUUCUUUCAUAAUCUCAAAAAGAAGAUACAUAUAAAUAAUGGGUUCUACGACCACCAUUUCGAUUCUUGUUCUUCUUCUUCUAGGGUUGGUUCAACUUGCAGUUUCAGGGCAUGACUAUAAACAAGCUCUAAGCAAAAGCAUUCUCUUCUUUGAAGCUCAGAGAUCAGGACACCUCCCUCCUAACCAGAGAGUUUCAUGGCGAUCUCAUUCCGGUCUUUACGAUGGCAAAUCAAGUGGCGUGGAUCUAGUGGGAGGAUAUUAUGACGCCGGAGACAAUGUGAAAUUCGGGCUCCCAAUGGCUUUCACGGUGACAACAAUGUGUUGGAGCAUCAUCGAAUACGGUGGCCAGCUGAAAUCUAACGGCGAACUUGGUCAUGCCAUUGACGCCGUUAAGUGGGGAACUGAUUAUUUCAUUAAAACCCACCCUGAACCUAACGUCCUCUAUGGAGAGGUGGGAGAUGGUAAGUCGGACCAUUAUUGUUGGCAAAGGCCAGAGGAAAUGACCACUGAUCGUAAGGCUUACAAAAUUGACCGGAACAAUCCCGGUUCAGAUUUAGCCGGAGAAACCGCUGCCGCAAUGGCUGCGGCUUCCAUCGUUUUCCGCCGCUCUGAUCCAUCAUACUCUGCUGAGCUACUCCGUCACGCCCAUCAGCUAUUUGAAUUUGCGGACAAAUACAGAGGCAAAUAUGACAGUAGCAUUACCGUGGCACAAAAAUACUACCGAUCCGUCAGCGGUUACAAUGAUGAAUUACUAUGGGCUGCUGCAUGGUUAUACCAAGCAACCAAUGAUAAAUAUUAUCUAGAUUACCUCGGCAAGAAUGGUGACUCAAUGGGCGGUACGGGCUGGUCGAUGACUGAAUUUGGUUGGGACGUUAAGUAUGCUGGCGUUCAAACCCUUGUCGCUAAGGUUUUGAUGCAAGGGAAAGGUGGAGAACACACUGCCGUGUUCGAGCGGUACCAACAGAAAGCAGAACAGUUUAUGUGUUCGUUGUUAGGUAAAAGCACGAAGAACAUUAAGAAAACUCCCGGCGGUCUAAUUUUCCGACAAAGCUGGAACAAUAUGCAGUUUGUCACGAGUGCCUCUUUCUUAGCCGCCGUUUACUCCGACUAUCUCUCUUCAUCCAAAAGAGAUCUCCGUUGUUCUCAAGGAAACAUUUCUCCAUCCCAACUCCUAGAUUUCUCAAAAUCACAGGUGGAUUACAUUCUCGGAGACAACCCUAGAGCGACAAGUUACAUGGUCGGAUACGGAGAGAACUAUCCACGACAAGUUCAUCAUCGUGGUUCGUCUAUUGUCUCCUUCAAUGUCGAUCAAAAGUUCGUGACUUGCCGUGGCGGUUACGCCACAUGGUUUAGCCGCAAAGGAAGCGAUCCGAAUGUUUUAACCGGAGCUAUAGUGGGUGGACCCGACGCAUACGAUAACUUCGCUGACCAACGGGACAAUUAUGAGCAAACCGAACCAGCAACUUACAACAACGCGCCACUUCUUGGUGUACUAGCCCGGUUGAUUUCCGGUCCGACCGGUUUUGACCAGCUGCUUCCCGGUGUUAGUCCGACUCCAAGUCCGGUUAUCAUAAAACUAGCACCGGUACCAAAGAAGAAACCCACAACACCUCCUGCUUCUUCUCCUAGUCCCAUUACCAUAUCGCAGAAGAUGACACUCUCAUGGAAGAACGAGGGAAAGGUGUACUAUCGAUACUCAACAAGAUUAACCAAUAGAUCUACAAAAACAUUAAAAAUUUUGAAGAUAUCAAUCACCAAGCUCUAUGGUCCUAUAUGGGGUGUGACGAAAACCGGAACUUCAUUCACCUUUCCCUCAUGGAUGCAAUCGUUACCGGCAGGCAAAAGCAUGGAAUUUGUCUAUAUCCACUCAGCAGCUUCUCCGGCAGAUGUCUUGGUCUCUAACUAUUCUUUGGAGUGAGUACAAGUGUUUCGGUGUGUGAAACCGGUUUACUAUCUUGUAAACUAGUUCACCUGCUUUUGAAAAUAUUGGGUUUAGUUUUACCGAUUGGUUAGAUUUUUGGGAGGAUGAGAAAGACGAAUUCUCUAGCUUGUACACAUAGAGAGAGAUUUGAGACUAUGAAAGUAGGGUUAAUCUGUUUCUUGUAAUUCAAGAAAGCCUUUUCUCCUUUUUAGUUUAUAUAUUUCUAUUUCUUUAAAUCAAUAUUUUUGAUAUACGUUAUAAAUAGAUUCAGUCUGACUCAGUAAUGGUAGAUCCAUGUCGGUCCAAAUGUUCUCGUGUUUUCUUUUACAGAUUAGUUUGAGUUUGGUCUUUAAUUAAAUCUAUGUUCUCUAGGCCAAUGUUUUGUACGUUAUUUAUAAGUAGGGAUGUAUCAUGAUCCGAUGGAUUUGGUUGUGGUAGGCCCGGAUCGGUCUAACAACUGGUCAUGGUUUCCUAUAGACUUUGGUUGUACUGUUGUAGCUUGGUCCGCUAACGUGUAGUCGGAUCCGCUCUUUAACAGUUGCAUACAAAACAAAAUUAAUGACUAUGCUCGGUGUCCAAAUCAUAACUGAUUGUUGGUCAGUGGAUAAAUCGAUCCCUUCAUAUAAAUCAUAACUAAUUGUUGCCUUGUUGGUGACUCAUAUUUUUUGUAGUAUUAUCCAAAUAUCAAUUUGCAUCUAUAAUAUAACGAAUGCCAAAAAGAUAACCGUUAUUUGCAUUGUAUUUUCACAAAACAUUUUCUUAACUACAAUAAAAUUAUUUUUCACUCGUAUGCAAUACUUUUUAAUUCAAAAAGUUAUCUUGCAUAUAUAUAAAAAAUACAUUCAGAUAAGUAAACUUGUCACUGAGCAACAAACUCCCAAGCAAACUACAUUUAAAGAAAAGAAAAAACAAGCGAAAAUUAAAGAAAAAAAAACCUGAAA